AUGUCCCCCCCAAACAACCACCCCCAACACACGGGCAACAAGGACAUACAGACGGAGAGAAGCGCGCACCCGACCGCAGCACCGACAGCAAGAGAGCUAGCAACAACAGAGCUAGCAACAACAGAGCUAGCAGCAACAGAGCUAGCAACAACAGAGCUAGCAGCAACAGAGCUAGCAACAACAGAGCUAGCAGCAACAGAGCUAGCAGCAAGAGAACUAGCAGCAACAGAGCUAGCAGCAACAGAGCUAGCAACAACAGAGCUAGCAGCAACAGAGCUAGCAACAACAGAGCUAGCAGCAACAGAGCUAGCAACAACAGAGCUAGCAGCAACAGAGCUAGCAACAACAGAGCUAGCAGCAACAGAACUAGCAGCAACAGAGCUAGCAACAACAGAGCUAGCAACAACAGAGCUAGCAGCAACAGAGCUAGCAACAACAGAGCUAGCAGCAACAGAGCUAGCAGCAACAGAGCUAGCAACAACAGAGCUAGCAGCAACAGAGCUAGCAACAACAGAGCUAGCAGCAACAGAACUAGCAGCAACAGAGCUAGCAACAACAGAGCUAGCAGCAACAGAGCUAGCAACAACAGAGCUAGCAGCAACAGAGCUAGCAACAACAGAGCUAGCAGCAACAGAGCUAGCAACAACAGAGCUAGCAGCAACAGAGCUAGCAACAACAGAGCUAGCAGCAACAGAGCUAGCAGCAACAGAGCUAGCAACAACAGAGCUAGCAACAACAGAGCUAGCAGCAACAGAGCUAGCAACAACAGAGCUAGCAGCAACAGAGCUAGCAGCAAGAGAGCUACCAGCAACAGAGCUAGCAACAACAGAGCUAGCAGCAACAGAGCUAGCAGCAACAGAGCUAGCAGCAACAGAGCUAGCAGCAACAGAGCUAGCAGCAACAGAACUAGCAGCAACAGAACUAGCAGCAACAGAGCUAGCAGCAACAGAACUAGCAGCAACAGAGCUAGCAGCAACAGAGCUAGCAACAACAGAACUAGCAGCAACAGAACUAGCAGCAACAGAGCUAGCAGCAACAGAACUAGCAACAACAACGGAACCAUUAACAGCCGCAGCAGAGCAUCAGCAACAACAGAAGCAACAACAGCAACCCUUGCAACAAACAGACAGCAACAGACACAGCAACAUUGACCACACAAGACACGUUGAAAUCGAACGACCAACGUGGGGCGCCUUCCCUCCCUGA